UCUCUCUCUCUCUCUCUCUCUCCCCACCCUCUUCCUCUGGAGGAGUUUUUCUGGGAUCUCCCCAUCGGACAGCAGAACAUCUGGAUCCAGUCACCAGAAGAAGCAUGGACCAUAGGAGGAGAACUGCUCCGGGAAUCUUGCGUCUUCAAGUCCUGUUCUUGCUUUUCCAUACAAUUGCUCAGAUCAUGGCAGAACAAGAAGUUGAAAAUCUCUCAGGUCUUUCCACUAACCCUGAAAAAGAUAUAUUUGUGGUGCGGGAAAAUGGGACAACGUGUCUAAUGGCAGAAUUUGCAGCAAAAUUUAUUGUACCUUAUGAUGUGUGGGCCAGCAAUUAUGUCGAUCUGAUCACGGAACAAGCUGAUAUUCCACUUUCCCGGGGUGCUGAAAUGAAGGGCCGAUGCGGGCAGAAUGAAUCCGAGUUGCAAGUUUUCUGGGUGGACAAAGCUUACGCCCUCAAAAUGCUCUUCGUGAAGGAAAGCCAUAACACCUCUAAGGGCGUGGAAGCUUCCUGGAGGCUGAGCAAAGUUCAAUUUGUUUACGAUACUUCAGAGAAAACGUACUUUAAAGACGCUGUAAAUCCUAAGAAACACACAGCCAGUUCUCAUCGCCUAUCUGCCUUAGUCACUCCAGCUGGGAAAUCCUAUGAGUGCCAAGCUCAACAGACUAUCUCUCUCACUUCCACUGAUCAUCAGAAAACCGUUGCUUUGCUCCUCUCAUCGGUCCAUAUCCAGCCGUUUGAUAUUAUCUCUGACUUUGUUUUCAGUGAAGAGCACAAGUGCCCCGUUGAUGAGAGGGAGCAACUGGAAGAAACUUUGCCUCUGAUUUUGGGGCUGAUCUUGGGCCUGGUCAUUGUGAUAACGCUCACAAUUUACCACAUACAUCACAAACUGACAGCCAAUCAGGUGCAGAUUCCAAGGGACAGAUCCCAGUACAAACACAUGGGAUAGGGGGAAGCAGCUAGCCGGACUCUGGCUGCUUCAGACCUUUGUCAGGUAGAGAAAGCUCGAGCACCUCCCGUGAAUGCCCUCUUCCUUCAUCCCCCUAGGACACACCAAUAGAACUGCUGCAUACCAGCCAACACAAAUCAGAAGCUCAGCAUAUGUCCACGCUUAAUCCCAGUGGGUGAAAACUCUUCUCUCAGAUCUCAAGGGUGACAAUCAGCCCUUUCCCCGUCCCUUCUCCAGGCAGGGAAUUUCCUGGAGAAGUCAGAAUGUUUGUGUUUUUCUGGCAUUGCUUUGAUUUACCUGGGUUAGUGCAAGGGAGCCAAGGAACAACCUAUCAGACUGAGAGGAGAGCGUAGCCUUUCAGAUUAAAGUCAGGAAAUUUUUUUUUUUAAUCCUUCAUGAAAGCCAUGAAUAAAUGGGAGAACUGUUAUUCUUUUGGACAUUUUUGGAUUACCCUGCAAAGUUGUUGAUAUGCAAAACAUAUAGCACCCCAUGCUACCGCGAGUUAAUUUGAAAGCGAUACAUGCUUUUGGCUGGGCAUUCUGCAUGUACAAUGAUUGUCAUUGAAGUGUUACAUUUGCUACUUGCAACUGAUGAUUUCACAGCAAAAGGAAAUGUUAAAUUUACUAUGCAGACUAUUUCAGUCAUUAUAAAAUUAUAACAGGUAUAAAUAUCAAAACUUCAUAUAAAUUCAUGUAAGUUUGUUUUUAAAAUAUGGAUUAAAAUACAUACUAUA